CUGGUGAAAGCAGGGUCAAUGGGGCAGCCCCGGGCCCUCCCCUGCAAAAGACGUGCCCAGAUGGCAGGAAAGCACUCAUCGUCACUAAUAGGUCGCGGCCCAGGCCAAGCAAAUCUUUUGUCCCACUAUCGGCUCUCAAUCAAACCCUGGCAUCAGCAGGGCCCUGGCAGGGGCAGGCUGCCGACGAAGCACUAGCUCUAAAGCCCUGGGGGCCGGGUCAUUGUCCCGAGGUCCCAGGCCCUGAGACGGCGCCUCCCCGCCCCUCUAUAUAUUGGGGCGUCCAACUACCCGCACGUCGCACGUCACGGCGGACUCUAGGGGUGCAUCUGGGGCUCUAGACAGCUGUAGGAGGAACAUGUCGCAGUAUUCCGGGAAAAUAAUUUUCUAUGAGGGCAAGUACUUCACUGGUCGGAAGCUGGAGGUCUGUGGGGACUGUGACAACUUCCAGGACCGAGGCUUCAUGAACAGGGUCAACUCUAUCCGAGUGGAGAGUGGUGCCUGGAUUUGCUUUGACCACCCAGACUUCCGAGGGCAGCAGUACAUCCUGGAACGUGGAGAGUACCCUGACUUCUAUCGCUGGAACGGUCACAACGACCACAUGGGCUCCUGUCGGCCAGUGGGAAUGCAUGGGGAACACUACCGCUUGGAAAUCUUUGAGGGUUGCAACUUCACAGGUCAGUGCCUGGAGUUUACAGAGGACUGCCCCUUCCUUCAGAGCCAGGGCUGGGCCAAGAACUGUGUCAAUGCUGUCAAGGUGUACGGGGAUGGAGCGUGGGUGCUUUAUGAAGAACCAAACUACCGGGGUCACAUGUAUGUGGUGGAGAGGGGAGAUUACCGAAGCUUCAAUGACUGGCAGGCCCACAGUGCCAAUGUUCAGUCCCUUCGAAAAGUUGUCAACUAUUUCUAACUUGGACCAAUGCUUCUGCUACCAUCUGGGAUGGAUGGAUCUCCAAGGGAACACCGGAGAAGUGUCCUGGUCUCCCCAAGUCAACACUCCCAGGAGACAAUGGGGAAUAAAGGCUA